UCAAAUGGUAAAUAAAUGUCAUUCUUUCUGUCCACUCUUGUGUUUAGAAUACCUGGAAAAUUUAAACACCACUUCCACACAUGCUCAGAAAGUCUAACUGCCUUCUCUUUCCUCCUCUUCCUUGCUCUAGGCUACCAAGAGCAUCCAAAAAGGAAGAGGUGGGUGCAGUCAGUUCUCAUGGAGAUGAUGGGGCUGUGAUUGAUGGAUUGCAAAUCCCGGCUAGUGUUCCCAAAGAAAGACAUUUCUCUUGACCAUUCCAGUGCCCUAGAGAUCCAAGACAUCCAGGAAGAAGAUGCAACCAGCAGACAGAAAACAGCAGCCACCCAAGCGCUGAGGAGAGCCCUUCCGGUCAUCUCUGUCCCAGCUCCAAGGUCUUCUCCAUGAUGGCCUGUAACAGCACGUCCAUUGAGACUUACGAAUACUUGCUGCUGAACGAGAGCAAUGUGUCAGACUCUGGGGUGACCACUCCUCCUGCCCCCCUCAGGAUAUCCUUGUCAAUUCUCAUGAUGCUGAUGAUUGUGGUCGGAUUCCUUGGCAAUGCUGUCGUCUGCAUCAUCGUGUAUCAGAGGCCAGCCAUGCGCUCUGCCAUCAACCUGUUGCUCGCCACGCUGGCCUUCUCCGACAUCAUGCUGUCCUUAUGCUGCAUGCCCUUCACUGCCAUCACCCUGAUCACUGUCCACUGGCACUUUGGGGAUUACUUUUGCCGGCUCUCGGCCACACUUUACUGGUUUUUUGUCCUGGAGGGCGUGGCCAUCCUGCUCAUCAUCAGCGUGGACCGUUUUCUCAUCAUCGUCCAACGCCAGGACAAGCUGAACCCACAAAGGGCCAAGGUGAUCAUCGCCGUCUCCUGGGCCCUGUCCUUCUGCGUCUCUGCUCCCUCGCUUGCUGGCUGGACGUCCGUGGAGGUGCCCACCCGGGCCCCUCAGUGCGUGCCAGGCUACACGGAGCUCCCGGCCAACCGCGCCUACGUGGUGACACUGGUGGUGGCUGUGUUCUUCGCGCCCUUUGGUGUCAUGCUCUGCUCCUACCUGUGUAUCCUCCACACGGUCCGGAAGAAUGCCAUCCGUGUCCACAACCAGUCGGACAGCCUGGACCUGCGGCAGCUCACCAGGGCUGGCCUGAGGCGGCUCCAGCGGCAACAGCAGGUCAGCGUGGACCUGAGCUUCAAAACCAAGGCCUUCACCACCAUCCUGCUCCUCUUCGUGGGCUUCUCGCUGUGCUGGCUGCCGCACUCGGUCUACAGCCUCCUGUCGGUGUUCAGCCGGACGUUCUACUGCAGCUCCUCGUUCUACACCACCAGCUCCUGCAUCCUGUGGCUCAGCUACCUCAAGUCUGUCUUCAACCCCAUCGUCUACUGCUGGAGAAUCAAAAAGUUCCGCGAGGCCUGCGUAGAAUUGCUGCCCCAGACCUUCCAAAUCCUCCCCAGAGUGCCUGAGCGGAUCCGAAGGAGAAUCCAGCCAAGCACCGUCUACGUGUGCAAUGAAAACCAGUCUGCUGUUUAGGCGAGAGGCAGGAGGAGCACAGGGUCCGUCGGUCCUUCCGCCCUGCUUCCUGGCACUGUGGUUGCAGGCAGCCUUGCGUGGUGGCCACUGAAGCACAAAGGUACUCAUUUGUUACCAGAUGAGCUGCGGCUCCCAAGUUUGCAAGAUGAGCUAUUUUUGUUUACUGCUGCAGAACAGUGUGAGGGUCUGAUGGACCUGGAAGGUAGUUAAGACAAAGCAGGAAUGGGCGGGGGAGUGCGGAAGCUGGGCAGAAAGUUAGGGAGGAGGAGGGGAGCAGGGAGUGAAGUUGGUUGAGUGCGGGACAGGGGAGCGCUCUAAGGGGCUCCCUUGACACCUGCUUAAGAGAAAGCCCAGCAGGUGUCUCCUCAUGCUAUCAUUCACUGUGUGCGAUGCCAGCGUUCGUCAGAGGUGUUUGUGUUCGCGGUGUGAGGGGAAACAUGCAAGGGUCAUUCCCCAGGCCGUUUAUGACCACACCAAAUCAUCCUUUCUGUAAACCCAAGUCACGCCAGGAGCAGAGUGAGCCCGUGCUUCUCAGUUCCUCUGUGUACGCACGGGAGGCCUCCGUGGCUGGAAGCCCAGAGAAUGUUCAUGGGCAGCGCAGCUGAAACGAGUAGCCCACCUGAGUGCUUGUGCUUGUACCCACCCCUCCUGCAGGCCCCGGCCCCCCGGCCCCACGCCUGAAGCCUCCCGCCCUCUCCUCUGCUGUGACAGUCCCUCUGCCCCUUCCCUCUUUCCAUCCACUGCUCCUAUGCCCCCCUGUUUUCAUUCCAUCUGUCCCAGCGCACAGAAAGAACACGCUCCUGUCAUUCACCUUUCCGCCAGUAUUUGUGGCGACUUGGUCCAAUCUCAGACAUGCUCAGGGGUGUGGUGGCGUGGUUUACCUUCCUCCCGACCCCUGAGGCUGCAGGCCUUGUGAGCCACGCAGGGGGCCUAAUGAACACCCCCCUGGGCAGCUCCCCACCGACCUCUGUGUUCCUCCUACCUCAUUCGGAUCCACGGGAACCUGACUGCUGCAGCCUGGGCCACCUUCCUGGAUCCUGGUCCUCCGAGCCGGGCGGGGCUGGGGUCCCGGGACUGAAGCUGCCUAGGGGGGACCUUUCUGCUUGUGCCCAGGGCGCCCCCUACCACCGGAAGCUUCUGAAGUUGGGGAUGAUUUUGAUGAGUUCAGGGCCCACCACUUAGUCCACUGAGCUCUCUACAGUUUCAGAUCUGAAGAGAGAAGUUUAAGGAGAGAUUCAGAAAAUCUGAUUCCAAGUCUAACUCCAUCAGGAACUAGUCAUGUGAACUUGUUCGUGUCACGUCUUGCUCUGGGCCUCAGUUUCCCCAUUUGCCAAGCAAGGAAGCAGGUCUAAAAGAUCUCCAACGUCCCUGUCUUCUCUCAAACACUCCAAUUCUAGAAUGUGUAUGUUUUCUACUCGUAGUCACCAGAUCCCCUGCAUUCGUUUCUUUAUCCAUGCCGUCAGAAUUUAUUAAGUGCCUACUGAAUGCAAGGCACCGUGGUGAGAUAGUGAUGAACAAGGCGUGGGCUGCGCCCAAAAGGAGUCAUCCGAUUUAUCUCAGGAUAAGCGUCACUCACAUUUGGCCUGAGAGCACAGAAGCUCCCUUUGUGUUUCUCCUCUCAUUUCCCUUCCAAAGUUGUAGUAAGAGGCCAGCCCUCCAUUCUCAUGCUCUCUCCCCAGGGUGCAGAUGGUGACAGAGGUGCGAAAGGGAGUGAACGUAAUUUACAUUAGUCUAAGCCCAGGGAAGGGCUUGUCAAGAAAAUAGUUGACACCUUUUCUCACCAACUCCCGCCUUCUUUUACACCCGGAGGGGAGAGAGAGAGAAAGAGAGAGAAUAUGAAGACAGGCAAUUGGUGUGUGAUUGAUUGCGGUGGGUCCUAUCAAUUCUGUGUCCCCAGUGUACCCCCAAGGUUUGCCUUCUGUCCCCACGAGGCAGUGCUGCAUGGCCUCAGUGGUGUCCAAGAGCACAGCCAGACCACCAAGGGGACCAGGCCAUUGGGCACCCUCCCCUCUGGUGGGCAUUUAAGAGAAUGUUCUUCAAGAGCCUUGAGCAAAAAGAAGUCACAAACUGAAUGAAUGAAGGUACCAAAACUCACAUCAAUCAGUGUUCUAUGAUGUAUGUUGGACAGUAAUAUAUAUGUUUUCAAGUAAUAAUUUUGUAUAUAUUUUAUUUAAAUAAAGCCUUAUUGCUCUUUCGGUGUAUAAGCCUAUGUUGUUGCCGAAAUUAGCACCAGGGGCGUGAACAGUAAGCCAAGAACCUGGUGUCCAGCACCUCCUAAGACAAAACAACUUCAGGAAUUCCAGGACUAGUGGAGGACGUUAAUGGUAAGACAACCACCAGGAGACUGUUGACAAUGAGGCUCACGACUGGGGCACUCCAAUUUUCUUUUUAAUCACAGCCCCACUAAGUCACUCCGGCCAGUUAGUCUGCACCUCUGACUCUCAGUUUGCCACCUUGAGAGCUCUCCCGGCCUCCUUGACCCUUCGAUGACCUUGGCUUUCCUCAGAUACUGCAUAAAUGCUGUAAAUGCCGUUCUUGCCUCCCUCCCUGAGGCCCACAGGGCAAGCACUGCUGUCUGCUCUUGUUUUCAUCUCCUCGGUAACCUCGGGGUUCCCCCACACUCUGGGCACCUGAAUGGUUUCCCUGGGGCCGUGGGAGGUGACUGUGGGAACAGCUGUCCCAGAGGCCAGCACCUGGCUCUUUGGGAGAGCCUAGCCUCAGAAAAUGAGACACGAGCGAGGCUCAGAAGUGUCUUCCUAAUUCAGACCACCCCCGAAAAUCCACUGCCUUUUCGUCUCGAAUCUUGAUCCCUGCCAUUGGGGUAAACAAAAGCAAGGGUUCUCGAGGAACCAACCAUUCUGACAACCAGGAUGAGCAACAAAAAUCUACAUCAAUUCCUACUUUGCUAUUCUGAGCCCUGGUGUCUUUUCCCCAACAUGAUUGACAGCACAUGCUCCUUUUGGACUGCAAACCCCACUCUGUUAGAUAUUUCUGACCUUGCUCUCGUUGCCUUGCUCAAGCAGUCAGCAGCCCUGCCUCCAGAGCCCCUGACGUCUCAGGAACGCCCGGCGCCCAGGUUUCCGCUCCCUUGGAAAUGCACGGGCAGUGGCGCAGAGAGGGCAAGUGGUCCAGAAUGGGCAGUCCAAACCCCAGGGUCCCUUGCUUUCUGAGCGACUCCAGGAAGUCGUGGAGCAUUUCUGAGCCCGAGCUUCCUCAUCUCCUAUGUGGUGGAAUUGCUCCCAGGCAGAGGGCCCCCUCAAAGAAUAAGUGAAAUAAGGUAUAUAAAGGAUCUAGCCCAAUGCCGGGUCCAUGGUAAAGGCUGAAUAUACAGUGGCAAUAAUGAUUACAGUUGUCCUGUCAACGUGCUUUAUGGCCCGGGUUUAUCCUUGCUGUGCAAGGAUAGAAACGUGUUUCAGAAACUGGCCAUUCAGUCCCUUUCCUCAUCCUCAUGUGGCCCUCAGAUUUCAAUUGACAAGAACACAACACCCACGGCUGCCAGGAGCAUGGAUUUGACCUUAAAGAGCAAAAUUCACAAUGGCCUGAACUGUACCACUUGGUUCCAUUGGAAACUCUCCCUAGUCAGAAGGCCACGUGCCCAGCUACAGCCUUCCUGACGUGGAAGGAGAGGACGAGGAUUUGGUGGACUCCCCGCGGUCUCUGCCAGAACAUCGAGUGAUUUUGCAAAUUCUGAGGUCCUAAGUAUAAAUUUCCAAUAAAGGAGCCUUCGCUCAUUGUAAAAUAGACACACGGCUUAUCACAUCAUCCCAACAUGUUUGCUUCUCUCUUUCUUCACAUCCACGUGCAGAAAGCGCACGCAUCUGUGCCUGUCCUAAGGAGAUAAAGUCACCACAUAUUUAAUCUUUUAGACACAAAAGAAGGGAGACAUGAAAGUAAACUGUUUGAAAAUUUGCAGCCACAAAGGAAUGAAUUUUGCCCUUUAAGAUAAGGAAAAAAAGUGCUAUUUAAAACAAUAAUCAACAGUAAUUGAGAACAACUCUGCCUAAGAUUUGAUUACAUUAAAAGCAAGAGGAUAAUUUCAAGGCUCUGCCUGCUGAGAGGUGGAGCGUGGAUGCCGAAGGCCAGGUGGACCACCGCGUGUGGAGGGGGGCGCAGGCCAGGCCGCAGCCAUCUAACUAGUCAAGAGGAGGAGGGUUUGGGGACCUUAGCCGGGAGGUUAGCAUCUGGAUUCUGUAAAAAUGAAACGAUGUUUGAACCCAAAGCCAUGGUGUGCGUGUGCACACGUGUGUGUGAGUGCACAUUAUUUUGGUAGGCGUCUGAGGUUACUGUGGCAGACAGUUCAAGUUCACCGUCUGCUCUUUCACCUGUCACCCUGGAGGAGUGGGAAACAAGGUGACAUGGGAACAAGACAGGUACCCAAGAUUGUCCCGCUCCCAGCGGGAACCAGGAGGGGCGGCAGCUCAGACAGAUUUUCCUAGUUAGUCUGAUAGGAACGGAAAGAACUUACCUGUAUGAGAAACACCUGGAUGCAACCAACACCUUACCUUCUGCAAUCACGAAUUCGAGGGCACUGAUAUGCGAGUUCAGCCGUCUGAGGUGGUCAAGUCAACGCCUAAAGACCCCCAAGGCCUGGGCAAUAGGAAAAAAUUCCUGCACUGGGUCUGCACACUCCAUCUCCUCGUGCUCUCUCCUGCCGCCUCUGGCAUUGGCUGCCCCUGUGCCAACCUUUCCAGUCAAGGAAAAAGCAGCCCGGCUCAUAUUCAGAAGCAUUUUUCAAAAGACAGAUUUGCUGCUCCUUAUUAACUGUCCUUGUGGGGACUAUAUUUCUCCUUUCCUCCCUCAUUGAAAUGCUGCUGCCAUAUUCCCUCAUUACAGGAUUUUGCUGUGGUGUCAUGGAGACUCCGAAUGCUUUAUUAAACCAUAAAGAAAAGGUCACUAAAAGACAAACAUGACUGAGUAAUUUAAAAAUGCAUGUGGAGGGGCCAGC